AUGUUCCUCGCCUACGAGGACCCGUUCGAAAAGUACCGGGCGCUCCUCUUCGAGUACGCGCACACGCUUGGCCAUGCGAUCGAGGCGUGGCUCGCGGGGGUGGUUGAUCGGGCUCGCCAGGGGGGUAUGCCCGCUGAGCUGGUUGAGACCGCUGUGCGAAACCACGGCCAGUGCGUCGGCAUGGCCGUCGUCUGGGCCGGGCAGAUGGCGCGCGAGAUGGACGCGCUGAACGGGGACGGCUUUGCGAUGGUCUACCUCUUCAACACAUUCGGCGGCUUCUCGUUUGGCCCGGUGCGCGACCUGUGUGAUCGGAUGGGCAUCGGCAAGGAGGAGUUUCUCAGCGAGGUGCUCGCCGCCGUGCGGCUCGACAACAAGCGAGGCUAUUGCGCGUGCGGCGCGGAAGCUUCGGUCGACCAGCUCGUCGCCCACCGCCCGGGCCGCAUGCUGCGCUCGGAGGACCCGAACGCGGAAGUGCGCUAUAUGGUCGUGAUCAACGAGGCGCUACAGCGCCGGGCGCUCGAGCGCGCCUUCGAGCGAGAGUUCGACCUCGUCGCCCACCUCGAGCACACCACCGGCAAGGGAGGCACGAUCAGCUUCCGGCCGCUGGCGACCCACCCGCGACCGAUGGGGGUGGGCGCGCCUAUUGCCGCGCUGAUCCGGGCGCGCAUCCGCGCCGCGUGCAACCUCGAGGUGUCGCCUAUCGCGAACGGCGUCGACAAGGGGCCUCUGCAUGCGGCCGACGACGCCGGCGGGCCGAUGCUGAGCGGAUCCGAGUCGUCUGAGGCGGCGGCAUGGGAGGACGACGAGAGCGCGAUGCUCUGCGACGAGUCGCUCGACCCGCCCUCCCCGCGAGACCCGUCUGUUCGGAGCUUCUUCAAUAACUGA